ACGAAACUCAUUCAAAAAACUAUUGUUUCAUUGUUUUGUGAUAAAUAUUACAAAUGUGAGUUUGCUCCCUCUUGUUUAUAACGUUGACGUGAUUUUCUUGUUGUACAGUUUUCGUGCGAAUCGUCUCGUCAAAUGGGUGUCCAGCGCGGAGAAGACAAUGUUCGAGAACGUAGUUCUUGUGACAGCAGUCCGGAAGCUCUCUGCGAACAGCCUCGUGAUUUGAAAAAAGAGUUCUUUAUGUUGACCCCGACGAAUCGUGUGGACUCCUCAAUGACGUCCAGUCGACGUCGUAUUAUUCGCUUUCCCGACGUUCCAGACGGUCAGCGCAUAUAUACUGCGCUAAUCGCCGAUAGUGAGAAUGAUAGGGAUAUGCACACGAUUCCCGAUGGAUUGAUGUUCGUCGACACAGAUUUAUGUGGUGUGUCCGAAACGACUGGAUCAGAUCUCGUGCGGAUGACCGGUCGGUUGUGUGAAAGCAUUGAAGUUACCCAACUACUGACGUUUGACUAUAGUUGCUCGUUGGUAGACACUGACUUUUGCGGUACGCCUGAUAGAAAUGGAUCUGCUAGGGAGCAGUCCGACACGUUCGAUAGAAACGGGUUUGACAGGGAACACGCAGCGGAACGUUCGGGUGAAAAUGCCGAGACAGAUAAUGGGUCGAACUUCUGGUACCUAUACUCGUUGCAGGAAGAGGUUGAGGUUGAGGCAGACCCUGGCGGCGGCGAGGAGGAUGAUAAGGAGCCUGAGGACGUUAUCGCUCCAACGGAGGUGAUUGACGCUUGGAACACGCUUUAUGGGCAAGUUCCCGUGAUAUUGAGGAUGGGCGCCACCGUCGAUGACCUUGUGGUCGAUAGAGAUAUGGGUUGGAACUUCUGGUACCUAUACUCCUUGGAAGACGAAAUUGAUGUAGAGCCCGUCGGCGAGGAGGGAGAUCCAGAACCUGCCACUCCUGAAGAGAUGACGGACACGUGGCGCGUCCUCUGUACAAAGCAGAGAUGGUCAGACCCCGACAGUAGGCACGUAAAGCUUUGUGUCUGGUUUUGCUUGGGACAACCGGUUGUGCCUGCACCGGUCAUCAUAGGUUAUUACGGUCGCAUUCGGGUAUUCAACCCUAACAUGACAGUCGUGACGCUGUUCACGACCGUGAAGAUUGACGGUCAAAAGAUGAAAGCGCUUUUCAUUGCAAGGGAGGAGUUCCGAGGAGUUACCCUCAAUUCUGUGCAAGCGUUUCGCAGCCCCACAGUCGAGGGUGCGCUCGGACGCUUCAGAGAUCGGUUAUCGCACGAUGCGGCAUUAAGGAGGGAGCUCAACUUCAGAGUCGACUGUUUGGUGCACUCUCAGUUGCACUAUCUUUUCGAUAACUGUGACGAGAUUUCUUGGAAAGUGGAACAUAGGGACCACAACUUAGAGGCUGUUUUUCGAGAGGAGGAACAUCGUCUGUCGACGGCCCGUGAUACUACAGAUGGCAGAUCCUAUCUUGGCCUAAACUGUAAUGUCGAAGUUGACGACAACAGCUCCCCGGAGUACGUGCAGAUCUCGGACAAUGCCGCACGUGUCAAGCACCAGGACAACAAGAAGGACCUGAAGGCGCCCCCACGACAGCUGAAGCUGUCAAUGAGGGACAUUAGGUGGCAGUGGAAGCGCGCCGGUUGCCCGCGUGCUGUUAUGGGGAACCCCAGCGGAAAACAGGAUCAGGUCCGGAAGUGGCGUGAAUUCUGUAAUGUCACACUCAACAUGACACUGCACAACAACUUGUGGAUUCUCGCAGAUCAGCAGGGCGAGGAGGCCAUCAGUAAACAAGGCGCUGCCCUGCGUUCCUAUUUCCCCCUGGCGAUGGCAGGGGAGAAAGUCUGGAAACUGGCCGUCGAGUUUUUCGAGAAAUGGGAGACAGGCAGAUUGCUCGGACACGACGGCGCAAAGUGGAUCAUGCGCAAGAAGAAAGUCAAAAACGUGAAGCCUGGGGUUGCAUUCAUCCAUAAUGACAAGCUGGGUAGGAAGGAGGUCGUGUACAAUGUCCCUGUGGACCCGCCGACAAAGAAAGGCAAAAAGGAGAAAGAGGAGGGCAAGUGGUUCGUGCAAGUGCCAGAGCCGGACGCGCAUUGUUGGAAAACGAUGGAGUCGCUGACAGAUAACGAGAAGUGCCGCUUCCUGAAGAAGGUGCUCGCUUGCGAGGUGGUUUGGGUACAGGCCGGCUCCCCAGCGUUGGCGAAGCUCGGAAAGCAGAGCGUCCAGGAGGUGGUGAAUUUGGUGAAGUGCGACCGGGUGUUGGGGAAACUGCCGGCAGGCGCCGCUGCUGCAGUGCGGGUGCCACAGAAGGUUACGCAAACUGAUGUGUCCGACAUCUCGUUCAACCCUUGCGACUGGUCGCAUACCUCGCCUGCACGUCGGGGCAGUGUGUACGGGAACAUGGAACGCAACCCCGCGCAAUUCGUUCAACUUCUCGAAUCCGUCACCAAGAAGGAGGAGGGUGUCGUCUUCCUCGGGAAGCCACACGCGCGGUCAGUCUGGGAAGUACUGAAGGCAGGACGACAUGUCAUCGCGAUGGAAGGGAACUCCGAGCUCUUGCAAUUUACAAUUGAUCUCGUCAAAAGCGAGGUCAAUCCGGGUGCCCACAAUUGCGAGUUCAUGGUCGUCACCGAGACUCGGGCUCGCGUGUGGAACAACAAGACGGACAUGUGGUUCAAGUUGAGUGUGAGGAAGCGGAACAAGAUAUACGACUUCUUGUUCCUGCAAACGCGGCCGAAGAGAGACACUGACGCCGAGUACGUGCGCCGCAAGGACCACAUGUUCACGUUGCUCGACAACUACCACGGCGCCUCCCGCAUGAACGCGAAGACCUUCCUCGAGAGGUUGCAGUCCCUUUACUUCGUGGAGUCAGAGGAGGAGCUGACGUUCGGCAGUUACUCCUCCUUGAUCUCCACGGAAGACGAGGAGACCACCGGCAUCGAGUUCGACGCGACCGCGGACGAGGAGGGCAGCAACACCGAAAGCCUCGACCUGCAGUACGACCAACAUUUCGCGCAGCACGCUACAGGGUUGUCCUUGGCAGGUCCGUCCACAAGCCCAACGUCCCUCGUGUCACCGAUGGCGAAACCGGCGCCUGGCACUACCCCGAUGAAGUUGCUGCAGAGAAUGCAAGCUCUGGCCUCCGGCCAUCGCUCACUGCGUCCCAGGUCUGACAUCCUGCCCGAUCAUCUAUCUUGGACAAAUGCCAACAUUCACUUCCUGCCUGAGCCUCAAAGUCGUUCCACGGAGGCGGACUGGGGCCAUGACAUGAUUUGGCAUCCAAGAGUCAUCCAGCUGGCGAUCCAAAAGGGUGAGUGGAUCGUGGCGGUCGCUGUCCCGGACGGAGGAUGGAUGCCACUCCCUCGCGGGUCGAAGUCUGACUUCCUCAAUGUCGCUAAAAUUGCGGUCCUCCAGAAAGUGAGGGCCGAGAAUGACUCUUUCGCACCCGAAGACGUGUCCGUCAUUUCCACAGCUGGGCGAUUGUUCGCCGAACUUCAGGACAAGUGCUGGUUGGACCUGACGGAGAACUACUACGACCUCGACACGAGCCCCUCGAAAGGAAGGGUGGACUGGGAAAUCCCCCCUCCCAGUGGGACGCAUGUAAGUACAGGGUCCCGGGGACCGGACGGUGGGGAGAACGAGGGCGACGAGGCUGGGGGCGGCAAACGAGUCCUGGGGCGACAACACGAGGGCGACGAGGCUGAGGGCGGGUCUCCGGGCGACACCACGACAACGGAAGGCAGCGGCGGGGUGGCGGGGGAGGCCCUCGGGCGUCAGCAGUCUACCGGUCCCGGUCCGGAAGGCUCGACACAGUCGGCGGACGUGCCCAGUUCAUCCACCUGGUCGGUGAUGGCGGCCUUGGUUGCUCUCCGUGCCGGCUCGGUCGAAACGUUCAAGUCCGCCGGGAUCCGAACUUCAAUGCUUGCAGAGCGGACAAAGAGGACGGAUGCGCAGAGCUGGUCAGGACCGGGGAUGGCGAGUCGUCAUCCCAAAAUAGACAGCGGUGCGGUGAGGGACGGGACUUUGCCGCCUGUGGGGAAUCGCCAACCGCUUCGGUCGGAGCGAGAGGGUGCGUGUGGAGGGCCCGGCGAUAGGGAGACGACGAAGUUCGCCGGGAUCCGAACUUCUUCAGGCAAGGCGUGUGGAGGGCCCGGCGGCAGGGAGACGGCGAAGUUCGCCGGGAUCCGAACUUCUUCAGGCAAGGCAUGUGGAGGGCCCGGCGAUAGGGAGACGGUGAAGUUCGCCGGGAUUCGAACAUCUUCAGGCAAGGGGGGGCAACCAGGGAUAUUGGUGCAGGCGGGAGGGGCUGCGUGCGGCGGGCGGGAAGCGCAUUCGUCGAAAAUCGACACGGGUUCGGGCGAAGUGGCUGCAUUGCAUGCAGGGGAAGAAGGCAGGGUGAUGGACAAAGAGAAGGAAGUGGAGGAAGGAGACACAGGGGAGGAAUUAGAGGAAGGAGGGGAUGAAGGGGAGGAAGAAGAGGAUGAAGGAGAGGAAGGGGAAGAAACGGAGUUGGCUGGGUUGCUAGGAGGGCAGCAGGGGGAAAAAGGUGAACUUGAUACAGGAGACGACGAACGGACUUUCGGCGACGACGAUGACAGAUCUGGGGAGUCGUCUGCUGGAUUCGGGCAGCUGUACGCAGAACACCGCGAGGAAGACGACGACGACGAUGACACGGCACUGGGUAUGGAGACACAUGUGGUCACAAGCCUUUCGGCAAAACGUGAUGACUAUGAGGUCGAAGCAAUGACGUCUGUCGUCGAUCUCCAACACCGGUUCAACGAAGCUCGUGUAGCAGUCAUCCUGACUAAACCGAGUGUGCGUAUUGACAUCGAAGAAGUUAUCGACGGCAUCCUGGGCGACCACCACAUGUCCGCGCAGCCGUCCUCGACGUCUGGUGUCGACGACCCUCUCGACGUCAAACCUUCCAGGGGAUCUGUCGUCGAUUUCUCGCAUACGAACUCUCCGAUGCUGCCGCUGACCAUCGUCGGCGGAGGAGAAGGCGGAAUCGGGGGACGACAAGAUGUCAGAUCCCCGAAAAAAAUUGUCGCUGGCACUCGAGCUCUCGACGUGCUGGCCUUGCCCACGCCAACUUUGCCGAUUAAGGAGCGGAGAGACAAACCAGCUGUGCGGGCCACGGCACCUGGAACAGCAGUGACUGCGAUUGGAAGCUUGCGGGUUUCGGACGACAUUGAACGAGGCUUGGUGCCACCUGAUACUGUACUCUCAACCCUCUGCAAUGGUCAGUUGCGAAUUGCAGCGAAGGAUAUUCUCACCCUCUCACUUAGCGAUGGCAGGGUGAAUGAUGAGGUGGUCAACUUCUACAUGGCGCUAUUAGGAACGACCGCAUAUGGGAUAAGUGACAUCCCGCGAGGCCUUCGGGGAUCCAAGUUCAACGCGGUCAUGUCUCGCCCAGAUGUAGAUAGGCAUUCAGACUUGCGUCAUGACAGUCAUACGUGGAUCCACGAAGCAACCAGAGAGGACUUCGAAGAGGACCCAUGGAUGACCGUCGUGCGGUACAUCAACCGGCAUCUUGACGAUUGGAGCGAUGACACUUGGAACGCGAUGGAGAGUGGUUGCCCUUGGGAAAACCAUCACAAGUUUGCCAAUAUAUUAGAGUUCGGGAACCUCAUUCCACUGCCUGAUGGUGUCCUCGAGCACAAGUUCCUGAACCAUACUCGCAAGGAAGAGGAAUACCUUGCAGAAUGUCGGGAAGAAUACAAGUAUACCGCGGCUUCGGAGAUUCAUAACAUGGAUGAGCAUGAGCCUCGGCCUGGGUGUAAAGUGCCCUACGGACCUGUCAAUAGUGCGGCUAUGGCGCGUAGCAAUGGCCUCUUUGGCUAUAGGUCAGGCCAUCUAAUAUUAUACUGGAACUGGGAACCAAUGCGCGAAGAAGGGGCUACCGUAGACGCCUACCUGAGCUACAGUAAAAGUGACAGCUUAGCAAGGCUGAAGAUAAACAUUUACGAAGGGAAGGAGCAGGAGAUGAGGGAGGAUGCAAAGGUUCACGGUGUAAUUACUGCGGCUCGUGACCGAGCCGAGCGCCGGUUAAGAAGGGACGGGGUGACUGCGAGCUUAAAGGCAGAAAGUGAUGGUGAUGAUGAUGAUGAUGAUGAUGAUGAUGAUGAUGAUGAAAAUUAUGAACCUGUCAAUAGUGCGGCUAUGGCGCGUAGCAAUGGCCUCUUUGGCUAUAGGCCAGGCCAUCUAAGAUUCCACUGGAGCUGGGAACCGAUGCGCGAAGAAGGGGCUACCGUAGACGCCUGCCUGAGCUAUAGUAAAAGUGACGGUUUAGCAAGGCUGAAGAUAAACAUUUACGGAGGGAAGGAGCAAGAGAUGAGGGAGGAUGCAAAGGUUCAGGGUGUAAUUACUGAGGCUCGUGACCGAGCCGAGCGCCGGUUUAGAAGGGACGGAGUGACUGCGAGCUUAAAGAUCCUUGUUCUUCUUUCGUACAAAGAGAACUGGCACUCCAUAUGGGGAACUACUAGGGCGGAUCCAACCUUUGUCGAACAAGUCAUCGAGUUGUACGUGGAGGACCGCGAGCUCCUCCUCGCUCAUGCUAUAGAUGCAAAGUUUCCGCGGCAUGGCACCGGCCUCAAGAAAGAUCUCAUGAGAGAUUGGCCGGUUCGACACCAUACCGGUAGGCCAGCAGGACAAAAGAUUGGGUAUGGAGAUGGAGGAGGCAGGAGAAGAGAGAUUGAGAGCUGGAGUACAGGUGAAAGGCCGUCCAACGUGUGGGAUCGAACCAUGAGCAUAGGAGCUCUGAGGAUCCCCAUUGGGCUGGUGUAUGGUUAUAUAGAGAGGGAGAGGCGAGGUUGGGAAGUAGCUGAUAGGUCGGGCAGAGCAAGUGAUGAACAGUCGGGUUCCUUGCAAUUUGGUAUCAGAGCAAAACUUGUUACUCUCACUGGACGCGCUGGCAUGAUCAAGGCCGGCAAGAAGGAUAAGCUGGCUUGAGUAUAGCUGGCGAGAGUUGAUGUGAAGAGGAGUUAGAUUGGGAUAGAGGAGGAAGUUGGUCGAAGAAGAAGGGGCUAAGGAGGAGAAGACUUACCUGCGAUUGGAGCGACUGGAGCGAUUGGAGCGAACGUGGAGUCUUCAUCAACGACUACAAAGAAGAGAAGAACCUCCUGCCCCACUUACCUCGAUUGAUUGCAAACAUGUGCGUUGUGUAUCUCUUCCCCCUCCUUUUUGGUGGUCGCUGCUGCUGUCUGGACGAAACCUGUGGCCUGGUCUGAUCUGACAGAUAGGACUCGAGAGUUAACAUCUGGUCGUCGUGUUAUCCACCUAGUCUAUCGAUAGGUAGGGAAGGAAGGUUGAGUCAGGGAACUGUGUACUGCCACGUCAGAGUGUACGAAGCUUAGAGCUGAGAUAAUCGUGGUAAACUGGAUUUGAUUUCGAAGUAAGUUGGAGUAUCACCCGACUACCUUUUCUAACAAAAGUGACCAGACAAG